CUAUACAACUCAUACAUUCACUGUUUUUAUUUAUCUCUUAUGGAUUUUCCGCAAAUCACGAAAAACGACUGUCCAUAUAGUUGUGGUAGGCGCAAUAUAUGAGAAAUCUUUGUUCUUUACUUUUCUUUUCAUUCUCUCUCUUGUUGGCCUGCUCAAGAUGGAGCUCGUUGGGGUGACAUGGCCCAUUCAACAAUCAUUCUCCAGGAUGCUCGGUCCCUGGCUGCAGCCUCUCAUCCAUGAUCUCCGACAGGUCUCGCUUCGUUUGAUCGCCAUCGGUCUGCCAUACAGCUCAGCAAGCUCGUAGUUCAUCCUUCUCCUCCACGCUUCAUGCUCGAACACACCGCCAAACACCCAGAGCGUUUACAUCCUCCGCUCGGAUAGUCCAGGACUCGUGUCCGUAGAGAACCACCGGGCGAAUCAAUGUGCAAUAUAUCUCACAUUUCAUGCGGGCUCGAAGUCUUCUGGAUCUCAGCAUUCGGUGAAGCCCAUAGUAUGCACGAUUUCCCUGCACAACUCGUCUCUGGAUUUCGCUGUUGAUGUUGUUGUCCGAUGUAACGACCGUCCCGAGGUACCAAACACCUUUACCACCUCGAGACUGUCGCCGUCAACUAAUACACUGCUUCUCAGAUGGUCUGAGUCACCGGCAAGCAGGUAUUUCGUCUUCGUCGCAUUGAUUCUCAAUCCAAUUCUUGCUGCUUCACGUUUGAGCCGGUGUACGCCUCACAUGCCUUCGCUGUUGUCUUGCCGAUGAUGUCGAUGUCAUCCGCGAAGCCAAGACAUUGGAGAGAUCGGUAGAAGAUCGUGCCACGGAUGUCGUUGCCUAGCUUCGCGCCUAGAAUGACACCUUCCAGAGCGAUGUUAAACAGCAGACAGGAGAAUCCGUCACUUUUCCUCAGACCCCUGUGAGAUUCGAACGAUUCCGACGUCAAGUUCGAUACUCUCACCUUGCACUGCACCCCAUUCUGCCUCUCACAGCGGGAUCAACUUCCCAAGGAAGUGGUACCGCUGCAUGAUGCUCCAUAGCUCCGGUCUAUGGUGUCGUCGGCCGCCUUGAAGUCGAUGAACAGGUGGUGUUCCCAGCACGUCAGGGCAAUUAACCCGUAACAGUGCUCUCGUCGAAGCGAGGACGAUUGGAAGCAACUCUGAUCCUUUCGAUCCCAAAGCCAACCAAAUAAAUAAGGCUUAUUUCUUUGGCUGUGAGAAGUUCAAUUUAUUGCUCAUUUUUAAUUCGCGAGCCCUUCUCGCAACGCGUGCUAUUGUAGCGAUGCGUAAUUUACACUUACGUGAGAAGGCCGGCCUAACAUUUUUAUUUACUUCCUAAACUAGCUUAGUUUCCUAAUUAAUUAAUUAAACCUAAAAUUCUACCUUACUAAUCCUUAAAUAAUUGUAUGACCCAACUUCAAUUUCCUAACUUCACAUAAUUCGAUUCAUUUCUUACUAUUAAUUAAUCCUUAUCCCUUAUCCCUUAUCCCUUAUUACUUCCUAUGCUCUCUAUUGUUGCUUACUUCCGUAAGCAAGAUAGGAUACGCUUACGCGCGCAUCUCGGCCAUUGCUCUUCCGAAAAGAGCAAUUCGAGAGCGCGCGCCGUUGAACCGAUCCUAGCCGUUCGCUCAUUCCUAGCUUGCCCUCUCCUUCUAACAUGCCAUUCUGCCACGUUUAGCCUCUCUCUCUCAUCCUAGACUCCUGAGAGUGGCACAUCGUUAGACCAGAGGAGUCAAACUAGUAGAGGGUGGCGAACCACUACCUGGCUAGUACAAAUAUUAUAUUUUCGUCAGUGACAGGUGGUGCGUUGGGAUCUGGCGCUCUCGGCACUUCUGGAGGAUCUGCCGUAGAGUGAAAAUUUGGUCGGUGGUGGAUUUGCCUCCGACAAACCCAGCUUGGUAGCUGCCGACAAAAUUUGUAGUAAGGGGCGCAAGUCUGCAGAACAGGAUCUGGAACAGGAUCUUGUAGGUGGCAUUCAGGACAGUGAAGGCUCGGAAAUACGAGCAAUCCAGCCUGUCGCCCUUUUUGUGGACUGGGUAAAUAACACCCAGCUUCCACUCCACCGGUAGUUCCUCCUGCUCCCAGACUUUUACGAUCAGCUGAUGUAUUUCGACGGAAGCCUUUUCGACCCCUUCUUGAAGAGCUCGGCUGCCAUUCCAUCGCUGCCGGCAGACUUAUUGCUCUUAAGCUGCUUGAUGGCACUGGCAUUCUCAUCCAGAGAUGGCGGGGGCACCUCGUCGUCUGCGCCGAUGCUGUUGGUGUUGUUACUGCUGUGCUGCUGCUGUGGUGGUUGCCUUGUUCUGCCUCUUGCACCAGCCUCUCCUGACUCUGCUCUAUUCAGAUAUCCUUCGUAGUAGCUUUUCCACUCUUCGAUCACCUCCCGCUCGUCCGUCAGGAGAUUUCCUUCCGCAUCCCGGCACAUUGCGGUUUUAGGAGCAAACCCGCUCCAUUCCUCCUUCAAUCUCCUGUAGAACAAGCGGGUGUCCCCCGACUGAGAAAGCUGCUCCAGCAGCUGUUUGUCUGACUCUUCAAAACGGCGCUGCUUGGUCUGGAAGAGCAUGGUUUGCUGUUUCCUAAGUCGUCUGUAGAUCUCCACGUUCUGACGAGUUUCAUGCCGUAGCAUGCGGGCGCGCGCUGCAUUCUUCUCGGGUAGUGCUCGUCUGCACUCUUCGUCGAACCAUUCCUUUUUCUCUCUGCGUGGUAAGCGAUCUUGUGUUCGGCUGCAGUGCUGAUGGCUCGUUCCACCAUACGCCAGUGGUCUGCGAGGGGCAUAGCGGCGAUGUUGUUCUCGCUUCCUCGAACGCUGUCGCAUACCCCUCCGCCACAUCAGCACACUUCAACCGGUUCAGGUUGAGCCUUGGUGCACUGACUCCGUUGGUUGUUAACCACGGAGAGUUUCUGGCGCAGCUUUACCAUGACCAGGAAAUGGUCCGAGUCGACGUUUGCGCCUCUGCACGUUUUAACGUCGAUAAUAUCCGAUAAGUGCCUUCUGUCAAUCAGAUCGAUAUCGAUUUGGGACUUAGAAUCACCCUUCGGGUGUCUCCAGGUGCAACUAUGACGGUGUGCAUGCUGAAAGAAGGUGCUGCGGAUGCUCAUGUGCUUGGAGGAGGCAAAGUUUAUCAGCCUGAGGCCGUUGUCAUCAGUCAGCUGGUGGACGCUGAAGCUUCCAAUCGUUGGUUUAUACGCCUCCUUCUGUCCGACCUGAGCAUUAAGGUCUCUCUGAUGACGAAAUUCACGUCAUGUUUUGGGCGGCGGUCGUACUCCCACUCCAGCUGCGUAUAGAAGGUCUUCUUCUCGUCAUCGGUGCUCACAAGGUGCGGACUGUGCACAUUUAUAAUGCUCAGGUUGAAGAAUCUGCCACGAAUUCUCAACCUGCAUAUUCGCUCAUUGAUCGGCCACCAUCCGAUCACUCUCUGCUGCAUCGCACCCAGCACCAUGAACGCAGUACCGAGCUCGCGCGUCUCUUCAGCGCUCUGGUAGAUCGUGCAGUUGCUGCGGUACUGGCGCACCGUCACGCCUUUCCAGCACACCUCCUGAAGUGCUGCUAUAUCGAAACCGCGGGCCCAGGCCUCAUCGAAUGCAAUUCGAGUCUUUACAUCCGAUGAGAGGGUUUUGCAGUUCCUUUUUCUUGUCCUUGUUCCUUGUCGCGGAAAUAUACACACCUUAAACUAUGCGAGAUAGUCACAGUACUUCUAGCAGUUCCGUCGAAUCAAGUGUCGGUGGAGCGAGCUUUUAGCGCUCUUAGUUUAUUAUUAUUAUUAUUAUUUAUUAAUCUUCAACGGGCCGUAUGGCCUAAUUAAGUUGUAACAGUUCAAGUACUUUCAGACAAACGAACAAAGCUAAACGACGAUACCUUGGAAAAUAUACUAUUAAUUAAACACAACAAAUGUGCAUUUGAAAAGAUUCUCCCUACCCUUUAUCAAUGGAAUGAAGAAAAUCUAUAGUAAGUUUUAAUAUGAUUGCGUAAACUUAUGAAUGGCUGUUAAUUGCGAAGUGUAAUAUUACUUUUGUUGGGAGCCUGUGUUUACCACGAAAUAUAUGCCUCUCAUAGGUGACAGUUGCUGGUUACCUUGAUGACGUGUGCACCGGGAUGCUGGAGAGCGAACGGGAGAAAGGCUCUCUCCUGUACCGACCGUCGACGAGACAGUAUCGCUUCCUUACCGUUUUAAUAUAUCGUGUUGUUUAUUUAUAUUAUACUAAUAUUUUAAUGUGUUACUUUUAGAAAUAUACGUUUUAACCAAAGAACACAAAAGUGGCGACGAGGAGAAAAAAACGCCCUGACAACGUAGACGCACAAAACCACGUUAGAAGAUACACGAUGCUGAACUCAAAUGACCCCAACAGUGACCAACAGCCAUCGCGGAGCAGCCAUGAAAGCCACCGGCAAAGCAGCGUCCCUGAUCCGAAUACCGCUUGGAUACAUGAAAUGUUCAAGCAGCAGCAGAGCAUCCUACACCAACAGCAGGAAGCAUUUAUGAAGCAGCAGGAAAGUUUUUUAACCCGGAUGAUGUCGUCGAUGAACGUGCGUGAGCCGAACGGGCCGGAGUUUUUAGUCGAAUCAUUGGCGAAACAAGUGACGGAGUUUCGGUACGAUCCUGAGGAAAAUGUUACCUUUGCUGCGUGGUAUAGCCGGUUCGAGGGGCUUUUUGAGAAGGAUGCUGCUAAAUUGCCAGAUGAUACCAAGGUGCGAUUGUUGUUGCGGAAACUUGGAGUGGCAGAACAUGAGCGGUACAACAGUUAUAUAUUGCCGCAGAAAGCAAGAGAUUUUUGUUUCUAGGAAACAGUAGUGAAACUGCGCGCGCUGUUUGGAUCAAAAGAAUCGUGCGUCAGCAAGCGAUAUAAGUGCUAUAAAAUGCAAAAAACGAGCUCUGAGGAUUACGUUACGUUUUCGUGCCGGAUAAAUAAGGCUACCAAAGAAGCGGAACUAGCCGGGCUCAGCAUAGAGACACAGAAGUGUUUGAUUUUCGUGUGUGGCCUGAAAGAUGAGCAGGAUGCCGAUGUGCGCAUGAAAUUGCUGAGCCGUAUGGAAGAAAAGAAGGAUAUUACUCUGGCACAACUAGCGGAGCUGUGUGAAAAACUAACGAACCUCAAAAGAGAUACAACCUUGCUUGCGGGUGAAAGUAAAGUCCAAAUGAUUGGCCAAGAAAAGUGUCGAAGCACUAAGGGAAAGUGGCAAGGUAGUCGGAAGCUACACCAACGUCCGGAAAAGCAGAGUAGAGUGCAAUGUUUUUUAUGCGGCGAAGGCCACUGGGCUAGAAAAUGCACAUUUAAGCAUCAUAAAUGCAGCAAGUGUUUUAAGUUUGGACAUAAGGAAGGAUUUUGCAAUGCAGCGUCUCUGUGGACGAACAGAAUGAGGCAAAAUCGCAAUGUAAGAAGCGUGACGGUUAAUACGGUCAGGAGUGGACGUGAAUGCGUCAGAGUUGUCAUCAAUGGCACACCGUUGGAAAUGAUGCUUGAUACAGGCGCUGAUAUAACGAUUAUUUCGCGUAGACUGUGGCAUCAUGUUGAAAAACCUGUAUUGAAACCUUCAAUGGUUAAAGCGAGAACUGCAUCUGGUGAUUUGUUGCACAUCUUAGGCGAAUUUGCUGGUUCCAUGAUCGUAGCGGAACAAUGCAUGAGUUGCGUGAUUCGAGUAACUACGGCGGAUUUGGCACUUUUUGGGAAAGAUGCCAUGGAUAUAUUCAACCUUUGGGAUGUGCCGCUGACGUCAGUUUGUAAUCGCGUUGGUUUGGAUGAACCGUGCAGUGCAAUAUUACAGAAGGAGUUCCCAAAACUUUUUUCCGGCAAGCUAGGUUGCUGCACUAAGGCGAAAAUUCAGUUGGAGCUGAAAGAAGGUGCAACGCCUGUUUUUCGUCCGAAGCGGCCUGUAGCCUAUGCGAUGUUUCAAGCGGUGGACAAGGAGCUUGAACGGCUGGAAAACGAUGGAAUAAUUUCCAAAGUGGAUUAUUCAGAAUGGGCGACGCCAAUUGUUGUUGUGCAUAAGUCAAACGGAACUAUACGAGUGUGCGGAGACUACUCGACGGGCUUGAACGACAUGCUGCAACCUCACCAAUACCCGCUUCCUCUUCCUCAAGACAUAUUUGCAAGUCUGGCCACCUGUACGGUUUUUAGCCAGAUAGACCUUUCGGAUGCUUUCCUUCAAGUAGAGGUCGAGGAACUUUGCCGGAAACUGCUAACUGUUAAUACACAUAGAGGUUUGUACGCGUACAACAGAUUACCCCCAGGAGUGAAAACAGCACCGGGUGCUUUUCAGCAGCUGAUGGAGGUUAUGCUGGCAGGUCUGGGUGGCGUUGCUGUUUAUUUGGACGACAUUGUGGUUGGUGGACCAAAUGAAGAAGCCCAUAUGAAAAAUCUUCGAGCUGUGCUUAAAAGAAUUGAGGAAUUUGGCUUCACCAUACGAUUGGAUAAAUGUUCGUUCCAAAAGAAGCAGAUAAAGUACUUGGGCCAUUUGUUAGAUUCGAAGGGACUUCGACCAGACCCUGCUAGGAUUGAAGCUAUCCUCAACUUGCAAGUUCCUACUGAUGUAACAGGAGUGAGAUCGUUCCUUGGAGCAGUGAACUAUUACGGCAAGUUUGUAAGAAACAUCAGUAUGCUACGUCAUCCGCUGGAUAGUCUUCUUAAGGAAGGAGCGAGUUUUACGUGGACAAAACAAUGUCAAGAUGCUUUUGAUCAGUUCAAGGCAAUUAUUUGAUGAGACCUGCUCCUGACUC